CUUGCCGUAGUCGGUCGGUGCGCGUCGCCGCUGCUCGUCGGGACCGAAUGAAAGAAGAUGUUUGCGGUCUCGUGGCGGUUUUAAGGAGUCUUUAAAAAACAUGUCUCUCAACGGAGGGGGGAACCGGGGCUUCUACUUUAACACCGUGUUGUCUCUGGCCCGGUCGCUGGCGGCGCACCGGGAGGCACCGAUAGAAAAGGUGCAGAAGCUACAGUGCAUGUGCCCCGUGGACUUCAGAGGAGUCUUCCAGCUGGACGAGAGGAGGAGAGACGCCGUCAUCGCGCUGGGCGUCUUCCUGGUGGAGUCGGACCUGCAGCACAAAGACGCCAUCGUGCCCUACGUCCUCGGGCUGCUCAGAGGGCUUCCCAGAGUUCAGUGGAUCGAAGAGAGCUCCGAACGCAAAGGAAGGGAGACCCUUCCUGUCGCAGAGAACUUCACCUUCGGUCUCGUCACGCUCCUCUCAGACGUUGCCCAACGAGAUGAGACCUACCGAGGACAGAUCCUGGAGGCGAUCAUGGACAUUAUGCAUGUCCUGCAAGAUAUCUGCAAGAAUCCAGAGGCUCACGAUAAAGAAUACCUGUGCAGGUACACGGUGCCCACCUUGCUCGGCGUCGCCCGAGCUUUUGGCCGCUACAGCAACACCGACGAGCCGCUGCUGUCCAAGCUGUUCCCCCGGCCGGUGGUCCCCGUGCCGCCCUCCGCCGACGACAGCGACGCGCCGCACCGCCGCUCCUUCAACGACUUCCGCUCCAUCCUGCCGAGCUCUCUGCUCACGGUGUGUCAGGGAGACACUCAGAGACGGAAAGGCUCCAGUCAACAGGCCAGCCCCGAGAGGGCGUGUCUGACCCCCAUCUCACCUGCUGACCCCUCUGCGCAGUACUUUGAAGGCUCCUACCUCCCCGACGGCAGCGCGGUGGACCCCGACUACUACUUCUCCACCAUCAGCUCCAGCUUCUCCGUCUCCCCUCUCUUCACCGGCAGCAGCUCCGGGGAGUUCCACGUCCCUCUGGAUAUGCUCCGGCAGCUCCUCCACAUGGUCGAACAGUUCGUGUCCGAGUCGUUUUUAAAGGCGCUGGAUGAAUCCCUGGCAGAACUUCUGGAGUUGCAUCCUAGUCUUCAUCUCUACUACAAAACCUUCAGUGAUCCUCUGUAUGUCGCCAUAUUCAAAAUGCUGAGAGACACUCUGUACAAUUUAAAAGACCUCCAGACGGACUACGUGAAGGAGGUUCACGACUUCGUGCUGGAGCAGUUCAGCAGCAGCCAGUCGGAGCUGCAGAGGAUCCUGCACGAUGUCGAGUACCUGCAGAGCGAGCUGAGCCCGCUGAAGCUGCGUUGCCAGGCCAACGCCGCCUGCGUGGACCUCAUGGUGUGGGCCGUGACCGAGGAGCAGGGAGCCGAGAACCUCUGCACCAAACUGUCGGAGAAGCUUCAGUCCAAGACGUCGAGUAAAGUCAUCAUCGCCCACAUGCCGCUGCUCAUCUGCUGCCUCCAGGGCCUGGGCCGUCUGUGUGAGCGCUUCCCCGUGGUGGCCCACUCUGUCACCAUGUCGCUGAGAGACUUCCUGGUGGUGCCGUCUCCCGUGCUGGUGAAGCUGUACAAAUACCACAGCCAGUACACUUCAGGUGGCGGUGAGAUAAAGAUCCACGUGACCAACGAACAUUCCCAGUCGACUCUCAGCACACAUUCGAGCAAGAAGAGCCAGCCGUCCAUGUACGAACAGCUUCGGGACAUCUCCAUCGAUAACAUCUGCAGGUGCCUGAAAGCCGGACUGACGAUGGAUAACGUCAUUGUGGAAGCGUUCCUCGCCAGCCUGUCCAACCGCCUCUACAUCUACCAGGAAAACGACAAGGACGCUCACCUGAUCCCAGACCACACCAUCAGGGCUCUGGGUCACAUCGCCGUGGCCUUGAGGGACACCCCCAGGGUGAUGGAGCCCAUCCUCCAGAUCCUCCAGCAGAAGUUCUGUCAGCCUCCCUCACAGCUGGACGUCCUCAUCAUAGACCAGCUGGGCUGCAUGGUCAUCACGGGCAAUCAAUACAUCUACCAGGAAGUGUGGAAUUUGUUCCAGCAGAUCAGUGUGAAAGCCAGCUCCAUGGUCUACUCUAACAAAGACUACAAGGACCAUGGAUACAGGCACUGCUCCCUGGCCGUGAUCAACGCGCUGGGUAACAUAGCAGCGAACCUCCAGGCCGAGCAGAUGGUGGACGAGCUGCUGGUCAACCUGCUGGAGCUUUUCGUCCAGCUGGGUUUGGAGGGGAAGAGAGCGAGCGAGAGAGCCCCGGACAAAGGCCCCGCUCUGAAGGCGUCGAGCAGCGCUGGAAACCUCGGCGUCCUCGUCCCGGUCAUUGCUGUGCUGACCAAGAGGUUGCCUCCGAUUAAGGAAGCGAAGCCUCGUCUGCAGAAGCUCUUCAGGGACUUCUGGCUCUACUCCGUGGUCAUGGGCUUCGCCGUGGAGGGCUCAGGCCUGUGGCCGGAGGAGUGGUACGAGGGCGUCUGCGAGAUCGCCACCAAAUCGCCGCUGCUCACGUUCCCCAGCGGGGAACCGCUACGCUCGGAGCUGCAGUACAACUCGGCGCUGAAGAACGACACCGUCACUCCGGCGGAGCUGAACGACCUGCGCGGCACCAUCAUCAACCUGCUGGACCCGCCCCCGGAGGUGGCGGCUCUCAUCAACAAGCUGGACUUUGCCAUGUCCACGUAUUUGCUGUCGGUUUACAGGCUGGAGUACAUGAGGAUGCUGCGAGCUCUGGACUCGGACCGCUUUCAGGUCAUGUUUCGAUACUCUGAAGACAGAGCGAUCCAGAAGGAUAAAUCUGGCAUGAUGCAGUGUGUGAUAGCCGUCAGCGACAAGGUCUUUGAGGUCUUCCUGCAUAUGAUGGCUGAGAAGCCCAAAACCAAAGCCCACGAGGAGGAGCUGGAGCGCCACGCCCAGUUCCUGCUGGUCAACUUCAACCACAUCCACAAGAGGAUCCGCAGAGUCGCUGACAAAUAUCUAUCCGGCCUGGCUGAGACCUUCCCUCACUUGUUGUGGAGCGGCCGCGUGCUGAGGACCAUGCUGGACAUCCUGCAGACGCUUUCCCUCUCGCUCAGCGCGGACAUUCAUAAAGACCCGCCGUACUACGACAUCCCAGACACGCCGCACAGAAUCACCGUCCCAGAUACGUACGAAGCCAGAGAGAGCAUCGUGAAGGAUUUUGCUGCACGUUGCGGGGAGAUCCUGAAAGAGGCGAUGAAGUGGGCGCCGUCCGUGACCAAAUCCCACCUGCAGGAGUACCUGAACAAGCACCAGAACUGGGUGUCGGGUCUCUCCCAGCACACCGGCCUGGCCAUGGCCACAGAGAGCAUCCUGCACUUCGCCGGCUACAACAGACAGAGCACGACUCUGGGGUCCACCCAGCUGACCGAGAGGCCCUCCUGUGUGAAGAAGGACUACUCGAACUUCAUGGCCUCCCUCAACCUCAGGAACAGAUACGCCGGAGAGGUGUCGGGUAUGAUCCACUUCGCCCAGGCGGUUAAAGGACAUUCCGACCUGAGCCGGCUGAUGAUCAGGCAGAUGGGCGAGGCUCUGGACGCGGCGCAGCCCGAGGCCUUCACCGAGGCCAUGUUCAAACUGGCCGCCUUGCUCAUCAGCUCCAAAGAGUGCGACCCUCAGCUCCUGCACCACCUCUGCUGGUCUCCUCUCAAGAUGUUCACGGCGCACGGCAUGGAAACCUCCAUCGCCUGCUGGGAGUGGCUGCUGGCGGCUCGCGUCGGAGUGGAAGUGCCGUUCAUGCGUGAGAUGGCGGGCGCCUGGCAGAUGACCGUGGAGCUGAAGAUGGGCUUGUUCUCCGACGCCAAGGUGGAGGCCGACCCUCUGGCCGCGUCGGAGGAAAGCCAGCCGAUCCCCUGCCCUCCCGACGUCACGCCUCACCACAUCUGGAUCGAGUUUCUCGUCCAGCGGUUUGAGAUAGCGAAGUAUUCCAGCGCCGACCAAGUGGAGAUCUUUGGCAGUUUGCUGCAGCGCUCGCUGUCGCUCAACGUCGGCGGGGCGAAGAGCAGCUUGAACCGCCACGUCGCCGCCAUCGGUCCUCGCUUCAGGCUGCUGACUCUGGGUCUGUCUCUGCUGCACUCUGACGUCCUCACCAAUUCAACGGUCAGAAAUGUGCUCCGAGAGAAGAUUUAUUCUACGGCCUUCGAUUACUUCAGUGCUCCUCCAAAGUUUCCCACCCAAGGGGACAAGUCUCUCCGCGAGGACAUCAGCAUCAUCAUCCGUUUCUACGCCAGCAUCCUGUCCGACAAGAAGUACCUGGCGGCGUGCCACCUGGUGCCACCCGACAACCAGGACCCGUCCCUGAACAGCCUGUCGGUGAUGAACGCCGCCGACCUCCGGGGCAACGCGGACUCCAGCGCUCGCUCCCAGCAGAGCAGCCAAGGGUGGAUCAACACGUACCCGCUGUCCAGCGGCAUGUCCACCACGUCCAAGAAAUCAGGGACGUCCAAGAAGAGCAACAGAGGGACGCAGCUCCACAAGUACUACAUGAAACGCAGGACUCUGCUGCUGGCCUUACUGGCCAGUGAGAUCGAGCGCCUGACGACGUGGUACAACCCGCUCUCCACCCAGGAGCUGGCCAUCGCCACGGAGCAGUCGGUGGAGACCAGCAUCGCCAACUGGAGGUCCAAAUACAUCAGCCUGACCGAGAAGCAGUGGAAGGACAACGUCAACCUGGCCUGGGGCAUCGCGCCCUACCUGGCGAUGCAGCUGCCCACCAGGUUUAAGAACGACGCCAUUGUAGCUGAAGUGACCCGGCUGGUGAGACUGGACCCCGGAGCCGUGAGUGACGUACCUGAGGCCGUCAAGUUCCUGGUGACGUGGCACACUAUCGACGCCGACUCUCCCGAGCUGAGCCACAUCCUGUGCUGGGCCCCGGCGGACCCCCCCACCGGCCUGUCCUACUUCAGCAGCAUGUACCCUCCUCAUCCUCUCACCGCUCAGUACGGCGUCAAAGUGCUGCGCUCCUUUCCCCCGGACGCCAUCUUGUUCUACAUCCCUCAGAUUGUUCAGGCGCUCCGUUACGACAAGAUGGGCUACGUGAGGGAGUACAUCCUGUGGGCGGCCCAGAAGUCUCAGCUCCUCGCCCACCAGUUCAUCUGGAACAUGAAGACCAACAUCUUCAUGGACGAGGAGGGGCACCAGAAGGACCCCGACAUCGGGGAGCUGCUGGAGCAGAUGGUGGAGGAGAUCACGGGCUCUCUGUCGGGUCCGGCCAAAGACUUCUACCAGCGAGAGUUUGACUUCUUCAACAAGAUCACCAACGUGUCGGCCAUCCUCAAGCCGGUUCCAAAGGGAGAGGAGAGGAAGAGGGCCUGUCUCAAAGCUCUGUCGGACAUCAAGGUCCAGCCAGGCUGUUACCUGCCGAGUAACCCUGAAGCCAUCGUGCUGGACAUCGACUACAAGUCUGGAACUCCCAUGCAGAGCGCCGCCAAGGCGCCCUACCUGGCCAAGUUCAAGGUGAAGCGCUGCGGGGUGAGCGAGCUGGAGAAGGAGGGCCUCCGCUGCCCGUCGGACUCGCUGGACGACGGGGACGAGAAUCCGGACGGGUCACGCAGGAUUUGCUGGCAGGCGGCCAUCUUUAAAGUGGGAGACGACUGCAGACAGGACAUGCUCGCUCUGCAGAUCAUCGGGCUCUUUAAGAAUAUUUUCCAGCUGGUCGGCCUGGACCUGUUUGUCUUCCCCUACCGAGUGGUGGCCACCGCACCGGGGUGUGGCGUGAUCGAGUGCAUCCCAGACUGCAAGUCCAGAGACCAACUGGGCCGGCAGACGGACUUCGGGAUGUACGAUUACUUCAGAAACCAGUACGGCGACGAGUCCACCCUGGCCUUCCAGAAGGCUCGCUACAACUUCAUCCGCAGCAUGGCCGCCUACAGCCUCCUGCUGUUCCUGCUGCAGAUCAAAGACCGACACAACGGCAACAUCAUGCUGGACAGCAAGGGCCACCUCAUCCACAUAGACUUCGGCUUCAUGUUCGAGAGCUCUCCUGGAGGAAACCUGGGCUGGGAGCCGGACAUCAAGCUGACCGACGAGAUGGUGAUGAUCAUGGGAGGCAAGAUGGAGGCCACGCCCUUCAAGUGGUUCAUGGAGAUGUGCGUCCGAGGAUACCUGGCUGUACGGCCCUACAUGGACGCCGUGGUCUCUCUCGUGACCCUCAUGCUGGACACUGGACUGCCGUGCUUCAGAGGGCAAACCAUCAAACUCCUCAAAGGGCGGUUUAAUCCUCAAAUGAGUGAGAAGGAAGCGGCAGCGUUCAUCAUCAAAGUCAUCCAAAGCUGUUUCCUCAGCAGCAGGAGCAAGACGUACGACAUGCUGCAGUAUUACCAGAACCAAAUACCCUACUGAGGGUCUCCGGACCUCCGCUGUCCAACUCGAGCAUCUCCACACGAAAGCAAUGCAAGACGCGGCCCUUUGACCCCCCCCC